UUUCGCAGGCGCCACCUUGUGAGACAGUCCUAUCGCAGAAGUUAUCUCCAGUAGUUCUUCGGUGGUUGUGUUCGUCCGGUUUUCCUGUGAUUUUUUUUCCGAUCUCAAAGGAUCCCGGUUAUUACUACUCCGACAAAAAGAGCGAUGUCGAUGGCUGGGUAUUAAACUAAUCAGGAGCUGACUGGAGAAGAAUCUAGUCGCGCUCAUUUGAAUCACUGUUGAGUAUCAGCCAAUAAACACACGCAAGGAUCAUGAAAAUGGUGCUGUCUCAACGUCAGAGGGAGGAGUUAAAUAAGGCGAUUGCGGAUUAUCUCAGCACCAAUGGUUAUCAAGAUGCGCUUGAGGCGUUUAAGAAAGAAGCCGAUAUGCCUGGGGAAGUGGAGAGAAAAUAUGGAGGUCUUCUGGAAAAGAAGUGGACCUCGGUCAUACGCUUGCAAAAGAAGGUAAUGGAACUGGAAUCCAAACUCUCUGAAGCUGAGAAGGAAUUCAUCGAAGGAGCACCGACACGUAGCAAACGAUCACCAUCCGAGUGGAUACCAAGGCCACCCGAAAAAUACAGUCUUACUGGACACAGAGCUCCUAUCAACAGAGUUAUUUUCCAUCCGGUUUUUAGUCUUAUAGUAUCUGCCAGCGAAGAUGCCACUAUCAAGGUGUGGGACUUCGAAAGCGGCGAAUUCGAAAGAACGUUGAAGGGGCACACUGACAGCGUACAGGACGUUUCCUUCGAUGUCUCCGGGAAACUGUUAGUCUCAUGCAGUGCAGACAUGUCUAUUAAGUUAUGGGACUUUCACCAGUCGUUCGCCUGCGUGAAAACCAUGCACGGACAUGAUCAUAGUGUCAGCUCUGUCGCAUUUGUGCCACAAGGGGAUUUCGUAGUGAGCGCCUCUAGGGAUAAGACCAUCAAAAUAUGGGAAGUAGCGACAGGGUAUUGUGUUAAAACGUUAACGGGGCACAGAGAAUGGGUGCGGAUGGCCAGAGUCAGUCCUUGCGGAGAAUUAAUAGCUAGUUGCUCGAACGACCAAACGGUACGAGUUUGGCACGUGGCAACGAAGGAAACAAAGGUCGAACUCAGAGAUCACGAACACGUAGUGGAGUGUAUCGCAUGGGCACCGGACAGUGCAAGAGCAUCGAUCAACGCUGCAGCAGGGGCAGACAAUAAGGGUGCCCAUGAAGGACCUUUCCUCGCAUCUGGCUCGCGAGAUAAAGUAAUUCGUGUGUGGGAUGUCGGUGCCGGUGUUUGUCUUUUCGCCCUCUUGGGACACGACAACUGGGUCCGCGGCAUCGUCUUCCAUCCUGGUGGCAAGUUCAUCGUCAGUGCCUCUGACGAUAAGACCCUGCGAGUCUGGGACACGCGCAACAAACGGGUAAUGAAAACCCUUGAGGCGCACGUCCACUUCUGCACCUCCGUUGAUUUUCACAAAAGCCAUCCUUAUGUGGUCACCGGUAGUGUCGAUCAAACGGUGAAGAUCUGGGAGUGCCGCUAGUCACCAAAACAUCAGGGUCUCGUUGAACCUUCGUCGAGAAAGAAAGAUUUUGGAGAGAAGGCGAACGAUGCGCGUCGAAUUCGAUGAAAACGGCCGAGAGAGUAAGCUGCUACAAACAAAAAAAGUUAUCGUACAUACUACUAUUAUUAAUAUUAAUAUUAUUAUACACACAUAAACAUGUACGAUUAAGAGCUCUUUAAUUAAUUUAUAAUAAAGUAUAAUUAGUAAUUAUUAAUAUUACAUAUACGUUUUACGGUAAUGAACUGCACGAUUCGAGGAGAGUCGGUCGAGAUUAAUUUUCUUUCGUGAGGAGGACAUUGCCAUAAUUUCAUCGACGGUUAAAAAAAAGGGGAAAAAGAAAAAAAGAAGAAAGAAAGGAAAUUCAAGUCGCGUGACUAUCAAAAAAAAAAAAAUAAUAAUACAACAUUGUACAUGUUCAUUCGAAUGAUUGAUCGAUCGUUCAUCCCUUUGCGAAGUGUGCUACUAAUUGCUAUACACAUCUGGCUUGUUAAAACGUGUCGUCCUCCUCGAUCCACCGACGAUAAUGGGAAUUUCGGGUGUGUGUCAUGUCUCCGAGAUACAAGAAGAAUCAUGGUCGCUCGUUCUCAUUUGCUGACCUCUCCUCGAGCGUUCUUGACGAUGUGACAUCCGAAGAUGACACCGAGAUACGUAUGACACACAGAGAUACACACAUAUACGCGUGUGCGCAUACACGUAUUAAAAGAAGGAAGCAUAGAGAGCGUGAACCGUUUCACCGAGUAUGCCGAGCGUCAAUUUAAUCGAGUACGUAGCAUGUUCCUUCGUACAAAGCAACCGUAUAAGAUGUAAUAACAAAAGUGCGAACGCGUGUGACGAACGUAGGGAACAGAUUUUCAGAUUGAAUAAUAAUUGGAAAUCAACGAGCGUUUGUUUGGAACGUUUUAUCCGUAUAAUGUAUUUGCGUACCGCUCUUCAUGCGACAAAAAUAUUUCGAAUUAUUUCUCUCGACAACAAGAAAGGGAUUGGCCGAAGGCGAACGCGACGCAAAGAAAUGUACCGAUAAAAAAAAUGAAAUGAAAUGGCUUUCGGCAGUGCGUGGCGUCCAAUCAACGUGCAUUAUUAAUAUUAGAAGGACGGCCGAGUGGAGCGUGCGAUAAAAAAAGAAAAAAAAAAAAAAAAAGAAAAACAUGAAAAAUAAACGUGCAAGCGUGUAUUCGUAUGGAAGUACUUCAGCCGCAUAAUUCGUUGCGUGGGUCCCGAGAUAUGAGGGGUACUAGUUGUAUAUUUAGCUCUAAACUACUAUUAGCGGUAGCGCAGACGUAACGUAGACAAGAGAGAGAAAAAAAAAAAAAAAGGAAAGGGAAAAAUAGAAUCAGGCCACGAGUGUACGAUCGAUCGGUACACACAACACACACAUAUACUUACGCAGCCAUUCGUCGAGACUUCGUGUAACAAUGCUUAAUUAAUUAAGGCCGAUUUUUCAAAUCAUAUCUAAUUAUCCGCUAUCACAUUUUUCCUACCAUUUUUCCUUCCUCGUCUAAGUAAGCGCCUCCCUCUUGCUCGUGUCCAUUCGUUCCCCUUAAAUUCCGAGACCAUUUGACUCGAUGUCGUCUAAAAGUAAAUUAUUAUUUUGUUGAAAAAAUAAAAAGGAAAUUCUCAUUAAAUC